GACAACUUGAGCCACGUAGACUAUCUGGUUAUUCGGGGAUUUCCGUCUCUUCAAGAUGACAGCAUUUUUCACUCUUUUCGCCGAUCGCCUUGUUGUUGAACAGAAGACAACAUAACAUUUGCACAGCAGGGUACAUCAAAUAACGGAACUACUCAAGAGAGGACAGUAGCGAGAUUGUAGCUUCCUGAAAGAGGUCAUCAGUGAUCGAGGUUAAAGCUUUCCGAGAUUAUCAGUAAGAUUGCCUGAAAAAGAACAUCAUCGAGGUUGCAGCUUCCUGACAGAGUGCAUGUCCAUCAUCGAGCUAGCAGCUUCUUAAGAAAUGGCGUUAGCGAGGUUACAGCUACCCGAGAAAGUACACCACGAGGUGUCAGCUUCAUGAUCAGAGUGAAUCAGCGAGGUUACAGCUUCAAGAGAGAGUGCAUCAAGCGAGGUUACAGCUUCAAGAGAGAGUGAGCCAGCGAGGUUGCGGCUUCAUGAAAGAGAGCAUCGUGGUGGUUGCAGCUUCCUGAGGGAGUGCUCCAGCGAGUUUUCGGCUUCAUGAAAAAGUGCACCAGAGAGGUUUCAGCUUCAUGAGAGAGUGUGCCAGCGAGGUUACAGCUUCAAGAGAGAGUGUGCGAGCGAGGUUACAGCUUCAAGAGAGAGUGUGCGAGCGAGGUUACAGCUUCAAGAGAGAGUGUGCCAGCGAGGUUACAGCUUCAAGAGAGAGUGUGCCAGCGAGGUUACAGCUUCAAGAGAGAGUGUGCCAGCGAGGUUACAGCUUCAAGAGAGAGUGUGCCAGCGAGGUUACAGCUUCAAGAGAGAGUGUGCCAGCGAGGUUGCAGCUUCAAGAGAGAGUGUGCCAGCGAGGUUACAGCUUCAAGAGAGAGUGUGCCAGCGAGGUUACAGCUUCAAGAGAGAGUGUGCCAGCGAGGUUACAGCUUCAAGAGAGAGUGUGCCAGCGAGUUUGCGGCUUCAUGAGAGAGAGAGCAUCGUGGAGCUUCCUGAGGGAGUGCUCCAGCGAGUUUUCGGCUUCGUAAAAAAGUGCACCAGAAAUGUUUCAUCUUCAAGAGAGAGCACCAGCGAUGUUGAAGCUUCUUCAAAGAGAGUACCAUCGAGGUUGCAGAUAUCGCUGCAAAAAAAUUGCUCACUGAGCGAGGAGAUCAAUGAGAAUUCAGCAUACCCAAAUAGGGCAAUCAUCUUUUCACUGAUCUUCUCUUCAAAGUUAAACAGAACAGUCAGAUACGGUAACUAGGUUAACUCAACUAACAGAUACUAUGGCUACUACAAACUGAUUUAGAGGAAUAGAAAAACGGAAGGGCAAGAAUUUCAGCUAAAGAACAUAAUCAGAUUUUUCACCACAUGGCUGCUCUCUAAGUAGCAAUAUUAGGCUAAGAAAAUUGACAAUACGUGGACGCCAAUUUUUAUAGAUAGCGCGCUAUCUGGCAACGUUGCUAGGAUCAAAUUUUCAACAAAAAAACUGCAAGCACAAAGACAAGAGAAAUGCCAUCCACCGAUAACACAACCGAAGGCGAAAACGUUUCAGGUACAGCUGAAGAGGUAUCGCCUUCAUUCAAAGCAGCGAAAAGCAUUUUGCUAACGGUCAUGUCAGCCAUUGCUAUUUCUUUCGCUGGGGAGUUCACAGCAAUAAUAAGCAAGGAAGGCCUUCCAAAUUUCCAAAUGCUUUUCUUAAAGCGUUUUAUUGAGCUUCUCACACUUAUUCCUAUCUUAGUAUUCUGUCGGCCGAAAUUAACGGGUAAAACUAGACGCCAAAAUAUCAUAUUGUUCCUAUUUUCCAUUUUUACAAAUGCCGUUAUGAUUGCGCACAUGCUUUCUUGUGUCUACACGGUUCCUGGAAUCGCGUUUGGUAUCAUGCAAGGUCUGAUGCCUUUCCUCGUAGCCUGUAUCGGGUUUCUGUUCUUGAAGGAAUCUCUGUUUCUUGCAGAUGUUUGUGGGAUUUUCAUUAGCGUAACAGGGGUUGUUCUAGUGGUGGUAGGGAACACACAAGUAGAUGGAAUGUCCACCAAACUACUCGUCUUGUCAAUAGUAAUUCCGCUAACCGCGUCGUUUGUUAUAGCACCCGAGGCGGUCUUUAUGAGGUACCUGACAGGUAUACUAGAGGUGCCGAUAGUCACAAGUAUGCUGUACAUGAAUUUGGUAGGUUCAGUGGCAUUACUAGGAAUAACAUAUUCAGCAGAGACGCCAGUCUGGACAAUGUCAUUGCGUACAGUGUUAUACGUUGUUGGACUGGGAUUUUGCAAGAGUCUAAGCAACAUUUUUCUCCUUGCAGGCUUAAAAAAUGUAAAGGCGUACAUCUCAACUACAGUACGCAUGUUUGUCAUCCCGUUCACUCUAAUGCUGGACUACUUCUUUCUGCAGAAAGUACCAAAUUCUUUCCAUGUGGCAGGCGUGGUCUUGGUGAUGUUGGGAGUAGUGUUCGUUAGCGCGCACACAUGGUGGAGGGAACGUCAGAAGGAACGGAGAGUUUGAUCCUGAUGAAAGACAUAACGGACACUAGGUAUAUAGAAAAAGAAGGAAUUGUUUUUCAAGGUUUGUUCUCUUCUAAAUAUCGUAAGAAAAAUCAUCAGGGGGAUCUGAGAGGUCGGAAAAAUAAUAUAAAGAUAUAAAGAUUAAUACCAACAAAACGUGGUACAAGAAUUUCGUUAUGUUAACAUGAAUUUAAUGCGAACCGGAAAAGCUCCCACUUGGCAUCAUUUUUGCAUAUUGUAUGAAGAAGACAGUGUCUAAAUUUUGCUUGUGUUGAAUCAUGGAAUAAAACUGCAUCAUACAAAUGAAUAUGAAAAUGAUGUCUCUAUCGUGAGCAAUGUUGUUCAAUGACGAGUGAGGUCUCCACACUAUGUUAACUCAGUAGAGGGAGUGCGUGCUUAACAGUAUAGUCCGCGGUAGAGAAUGCGUUGUCAUGUUUCUUUAUACGGAUUAAGGUAUCCCGCUGGAUUUCUUCAAUGAGUGCUGCUUGGGCAAAACCAGUACCUUGUCACAAUACUCAAGAUAUAUUUUUUACUAUUGUUUUUGAGACGGUAUGUGUGGCAUUAAUCUGUGAAGUUAUUUUUCUGGAGUUACAGUUUUUUCUAAAUAGAAGGCUUGAAAUCUUGGCUCUUGCAUCAAUUCGAGCACAUAUAAACGAACGAAUGGUUGAAGUGAUGGACGUUUUUAACCGCGUUCUUUACACAAUGUGGCAUUUAGUUCGCAAAGUGUACGGUGCGCAAGGUGUAAGAGUGUGGUCUGCACGCCACGUCUGGCCUUGAGUGGUUGCAUGCAUCGUUUGUUGCGCAAGUGGUAAGUGAGUUGUACGUGCUUACAACGCACGAUCUCUGUACGAUUGCAACUUUACCGUAAGG